AGCAUCUAACCUCACGUCUCAAGCAAGUUACUACAGGAAAAGAAGACGGUUUUUAGAGAGACUUUAGAGCUUCGAAACUGUGAUUCGGUCCUGAACUCCUGCUUUUUCCAUGGAGAGAAUAGCGUCAAGCUUCGCCGCCGGCCUCCUUUUUUCGCAAAGGAGGGGGUACUCCGUGGCCGCGGCCGUGGUGAAGGGGCCCGGGCGUAAGGCCGUGGAGAAGGUGGCGAAGCGCGUCAUGGGCAAGAAGGAGGUGAACACGACGGCUGCCUCGCCGGAGAACACCCCGUGGGUGCCGGACCCCGUCACCGGUUACUACCGCCCGGCGGGCGGCACCAUGGAGGUGGACGCCGCGGAGCUGCGUGCCAUGCUGCUCCCGCAGAGGGUCGCCAUCGCCAGCUGAUCGAUCGGUCCAGAUGGCUAUGGCUUAGCUCGCUUUAGUUAGGAUCUCCAUGCGCUCGUUGAUCGCCGGGCAACGAGGCCUAGAGGUUUGGAUGGAAAGAAAUGACCUCAUUUUCAAGGGAGUCCCACCAAGCCUAAACUCAAUGAGGAUCCGAUUCAAACAAGAAUUUGCUCUAGUUAUACUUAGAGCAAAGAUGCUGCUUCAACCUUCAAUGUCUUGAUGACUAGACACUACAUUGUAACCCAGAUGAUGAUGUUUUGUUUCUUUUUCGUUUCGUAAACACUUGUUAAACUAUUAUGUACCGUUACUUCAAUAUAUUAAUAUAAUAAGUAGGGGGCAACCCCUCCUGUUUCAAAAAAAA